GCCGCCGCGAACCUUCCAUGGCAAAAAUCGGGCAACGAGUUUCCAGAUCAUCAUCAGAUCCAAACAAGGCCUUACACCAGGCUGCCUCAAAAACUGCACCUCCCACCUGGAGUACUGAAUGAGUCCUCGGACGAGCUCAAUUUCUUAAGUCCACAGAUUACUACAGCUUCUGCUUCAAGCUCUAGGCUUCAUAUGGAGGCCCACGCUCUUUCUCUCUCCUUGUCUUCUUCUCUCAGAAACGAAAAAUUGGAAAAAUUCGGCAAUCUCGGGCAGGUUUGGGAUUCUCAUGGAUUGGGAGGUUUUGGGAUGAGUAUUAAUCCGCAGCUGUUUGAUAAUAACCCCCAGAGAGUUUUGGGGUCCGAUAAUUAUGGGAGUCGGGACUAUUUCGGUCAUUUUAAGCCCGGAAACUGCCUGAGGGACUCGAGCUAUUUGAGGGCAGCGCAGGAAUUGUUGCAGGAGUUGUGCUGUGUUUGGAGGGGGGCGCAAUUGGGAGCUAAUCCCAAGUUCAGCUAUCUUCAGGAUAACGGAAACCCUAAUCCAUCCUCCUCAAAGGAUCAAACCUGCCCGUUGUUAUCGCCUUCUGGAAGGGCUGAGCUCAACAGAAGGAAAAUGAAGCUCUUAUCUUUGCUUGAUGAGGUGGACGUGCGAUACCUGAAAUAUUGCGAACAAAUGCAGGCAGUGGUGGGGUUGUUCGACUCGGUCCAGGGGCAAGGGGCGGCGACCCCCUACACUGGGCUUGCUCAUAAGGCCAUGUCCAGGCACUUUCGAUGGAUGAAGGAUGCUAUAGCCAAGGAGCUGAGGGCGAGCUGCGAGGCUCUCGGGGAGAAAGAUUUGAGCAGUGUGUCGAUUGGGUUGACCAAAGGUGAAACUCCGAGACUAAAAGUUCUCGAGCAAAAGUAUAGGCGGCAAAAAGCCCUUGAGCAUCACGUGGGCAUGAUGGAUUCCGAAUCUUGGAGGCCCCAGAGGGGAUUGCCCGAGAGAUCCCUAAACAUCUUGAGGGCAUGGAUGUUCGAGCAUUUCUUGCAUCCGUACCCGAGUGAAGCAGACAAACACUUGCUGUCUCGACAGACUGGUUUAUCCAAAAAUCAGGUGUCAAAUUGGUUCAUAAAUGCCAGGGUUCGCCUAUGGAAGCCUAUGGUAGAGGAAAUGUACCAGCAAGAGUUCUCACAUGAGAAGGUACAACCAUCACAAGCGUCGAGGAGCAGUGAGCCAAAAUCAGACGAUAAUUAUCCCCAGGCCACGCCAGCGGGAAAAAAGGACCCGCCGGAAAACUCCAACGUGGCCAAUAGUAGUAGUUACAGGCGGGGAGAACAAUUAAUGGAGCCUCCGUCCGGCGACGUGAUGCCGGGGGAGUACUUGGGCUUGGCGGCAGGGUUGGGAUCGGAGUUGGGUCUGGUCGGUGGAGAGGGGAGCCAUGAGGUGUCACUUACCUUGGGGCUUAGGCGGUCGGGAAAUGUGUCUAAAAUGAGUCAACUCACCAUUAGAGACUUCCAACCUUAUUAA